AUGCAAAGCAAAGAUAGUAAAGAUCAAACGGAGGAAAAUCAGUAUGCCAAUCCGCCGUUAUUGCAUCAAAGUGAAGAAAUCGAAACUAUUCGGAAAACGAGUCUUUUCGCUCAAGAUGUUACUGAAACAGAACAAGGAAUCAUUGAUAAACGAGUCGCAUUACAACAACGUCAGCGACGUGAACGUGAACGUAAAUCGCUAAAAAUACGUGGAGUAUUUGAAUUUGUAUCUGACGAAGAAAUUUCCGAAGCGCUACGUGAUUGUGAGAAUGAUGAGCUCCAAUUACUGUUAUGCUCAUUUAAAUCUAUAAACAUUACAGUUAACUUGAUGACUGAUGAACAGAAAGAGGCAUAUGAACAAUUAUUAAAGAAAAGAAAGGAAACUUUGAAAAAAACUACGGGAGAAAAUGCUAAAAAGUAUAUAUUAGAAAUUCAUCAAAUG